AUGACAGUCUUCGCAAACAAGGAAACGUUCAACAGCCUGGGUCUCGAGCAGGUCCAACAGUCGCACGCGCACGCAUCGCAAGACUGCACCAUCUGCCGCCAUGCUCUCGCCCUCCACCUUACGAAGAGUAAAUCCGCGGAGUCCAAGCUCCACUCUGCUGUGCGAAUCACCGCCUGUGGCCACAUGAUCGGUCAAGAAUGCCUAGACGCCUGGCUGGAUGUCGGUAACACAUGUCCAACAUGCAAGCGCCUUCUCUUCGAGCCUACUGGCGACCCUAUCACGCAGCAAGACAUCAACAACAUUCUGCGCACACUGGGUCCGGAUUACGGCGAAGACGCAAUCAUGGCCGUUGUGGCGCGACGCGUCGCCCGCCAGGAACAAGAGCAUGCGCGAAUGAGACAGGCGCAUGAGAUUGAGCUGGAGAGAAUGAAGGCUGAGGAAACAGAGGCUAGGAAUGAUGCGUUCACGCUGUCCAAUGACGAUUUCCUGGACAGCGAUGAGGACAUGGAUUUCGAGGAGGCCGACGACGACAAUGAGGACUUUGAGGCAGAGGACGAUGGCUCAGACUCGAGCUAGCUUCUCCUACAGAGCUGAUGGCAAGAGAAUGUCAGCAUAUACGCGUAGCUCAGGGAGUCUUUGCGACUCGAUCA